AUGUCGUGCUACCAACCAUUGCUUUCAAAUUUUCAAGAAGACAGAAGAAAAUCUGCAUUUACUUUUUUCAAUGUGUUACUGACACUCUUUGAAUUUUUCUUGUUCUUCUUAUGGUUCUCAAAAUAUCAAGGACAGCAUUCGGAUCAUCUCGUCUUGGAACCGGCUUCUGAAUUUAUACCCAAGACGUCAUAUGAUCCCUAUCACGAGAUUUCUCCGGAAUUUGCAGAAACUACAACAGGCGCACCCAAGAAUAUUACAGCAGCCACCUUAUUUCCAGCCAAGACAACCACAUUCGAUCCUUUGGAAUCCCUACAGGCACCUGAAUGUCAAAAAAGAAUAGUUGGAUACUAUAACGGAUGGGAUAACCGAAAGUUGUCAGAAAAUCAACUUCGAAAGGUUUCCCAUCUAGUUUUCGCAUUUGCAAAAAUGUCCAAAAAUGGAAAGGUGGAUUUUGAGAAUGAGGAAAAGAAAUUGUUAUUUUUGGAAAUGAAGCGAAAAGCGAGGGAGGUGAAUUCCGGAGUCAAAGUGAUGAUUUCAAUUGGUGGAUUGUAUAAUUCAGAGCAUUUUUCCAAUACUGUCGCAAAUUUUAAAAGGAGAGGAGCUCUCAUCGAUUCCAUUGUCUCCUUCCUUCAAGACAACGAAUUCGACGGCGUUGACAUCUUCUGGAAAUGGCCAGGAAUCCAAGACAAAGCCAAUUACGUCUUCUUCCUUCGAGAGCUUCGUCACGCCCUUCAGAAGACCCGCGACCCCUUUAUCCUCUCCAUCGUCACCCCCUCGGUAGUAAUUGAACUAAUGGAUGGAUUUCAUUUGAAUGGAAUUUUGAAAUAUGUGGAUUUCAUAAAUGUAGAAACUGAUCAACAAUCCGGAAGACCUGGACCCUACACCUCCACCCCAUCUCCAUUAUUCUCGCAAAUUGGAAAAUAUGAAGAAUAUAAUAUCGAUUGGACCAUGAGACAUUUGUCAUGUGUCUCACGAAAACCAGGUCAACUAAAUAUGGGCGUCCCAUUCUAUGGAAGAUUCUGGAAACGCGUCCAAGACGCUGUGGAAAAAAGGGAUGAGAUGUGGAGGACCGUUGAGACGUCUUCAGAAGGCCACGUGGCAAGUGGUACGGUAUUCUGGAGGAAUAUGGAGAAGGAGGGAUGGAGUAAAGAGGGGUCUUAUUGGCACGAGGAAUCAAAGACCCCAUACAUUUGGGAUAAGGAGAAUCGCAUGUUUUUGGGAUUUGAGAAUGAGAAGAGUUUGGCGGAGAAAAUGAAGUAUGCGGCGGAGAAGAAUCUGGGUGGUCUGACAAUUUGGACAAUGGAAAUGGAUGAUGACGUGGAGGCGCUUCUGGAGGCAGUGACGUCGUCGUGCUUAGAAAUGGAGGUGGAUGCGGAAGAAGGAUCAGGAGAGGAAGAAGACAAGAAUGAAGUGAAUUAUAAAUGCGAGAAUUGA